CAAAAUGAACGCAACCAAAAUCAACAAGUGGAUCCCUCGUGAAACUAUUCAAGAACUUGAUGAGGACUGAUUCGAAAUGAGGAUGCCUAACAUUGCUAAAAUUCAAUCACAACCUUUUGACCCUGAAAACUACCAGCCUGAGAAGGCAAUCCAGUACAAGAAUGAGCAUGGCCUGAUCAAGGAGAAGAGCUUCAACCUCCUCAACGUCAUCAGAUGGAGAUAUACCGACAGCACCACUGAGCCCUUUGUCCUCACUGACAAGGCCAAGCAAAUGCAGGAAGCAGUGGGCUACAAGCCUCGGUACCCUGACAAGCAAAUUGAGAGCAAUGCGAAGAUAGUCGAGUGGUCUGAUGGAACCUUCUCGAUGAUGAUCGGAGACGAAAUAUUAGACCUCAACUUCUCUAAAACAACUAAUAGUCAUUUGUACCUCAAGACUGACGACCUACUCGUGCAUAAGAACAAGGUCAACCGUAAAUGUCUCGUGAAGCCAUCGAAGGAGUCAAAAAGAGCAAUGAGAUCCAUUGUGCAAAAUGCCAAUGAGAAGGCCAAAGAGAAGCACCAGGUUGAGAAGAAAUGCAGCCUGGACGACGACCCUCGUUCUAGGAAAAGACGCCACUACGACCGUAUUGACAACAAGAACAAUCUCGAAAGGAAGAGAGCAAGAAGGAACUUCCUGAUGUAUAAUGACUAA